GGCUCCGUUCCUCAACCAUCAUAUAAACAACAUCGAUCAUAUGUUGAUUAUAUAUCAUCUCAAUUUUGGAUUUUUGUUGGAUCAUAUCAAGUGAUUUAGGUGUUUUAUUGUUAGUAUUUGGUAACAGUUGUUUGUCAUAAAAUUGCUAUGCAGGUUUAAGGCAAUAAGAUUCUCUUUUUACAUGUUUCUAACAAUUGAAAUCUAGGUCUCUGAAACUUUAUUUGCAUAAAUGAUGGGGAAAUUGGAAUAAUGGAUGUCCUGUUUUUUUUUAAUUAAUCAGUAAUUUGCCUUAUACAACAAAAUACAUUUUAAUCCUUUCAUGUUUCAGCAGUUACUCUAUUUAUUUUUUACAUUUACAUAAUUAGUCUUGCAGUGACUUUAGCUUUUUCCUUAGAACACCCAGCUGCCCUGUUUCUGUUUAUGCUCUAAAAACCAAUGAGAAGGAUUAGACUACUGUUACUGCUAACUGGUUUAUGAUAAGAACCCAACAGUCAAUUGUCAUUGCAUACAUCGAGUCCUGAAUCAUGAACUGCCAACGCAUUUUUUUUAAAUACAUGAUACUGUUUGACACGUGUCAGAAACAAAAGCUACCACAGUGCACAGAAAAAUAUGUACAGUACAUAUUUUUAUGUAUUAGAAUGAAAAUAAUUACUUUUUGGUUCUGGUACACACCUGAGUCCUGACAUGCAUUGGAAUUAGAUUGGAAUAAGGAAUGGGGACACAGAAAAAAAAAAAAAAAGGAUAGAAUCAGAUCAUAGCAAUUCUAUCCAAUUUUUGGUUUGCGUGAAUAGACGUAAUGGAUAGUUUAACAUCAGUUUUAUUUUGAUUUUUCGAAAUAAUUCUGGAAAGUACUUGAAACAGAGGAUGGUUUCGAAUGUGUCUUUUUAUGAAGGGCUCAUUGAAUGGGAUCUUUAAAAAUUUGGAUUUGGGUAUGAUACAUUUGCCUUUACAUCAUAACACAACACGACACGACACAAACAAACAUUUCUGCAAGUAUAUGUUGUCUGCUGUUUGAGUUAUCAGAAACGUCGUGCAUCAAUACUCAAUCAUUAGUGUCCAUGCUUUAUAGCUCUGAAGAAAAAUCUGAUAUCAGUUUAUUUUGAAGGGCUCAUUGAAUGGGAUCUUAAAAAACUUGGAUUUGGGCAUGUUACAUUUGCUUUUAUAUCAUAACACAGCAUAACACAAACAGACAGCUAGCAUAUGUAUUUAUGAAAGUAUAUAUUGUCUGCCGUCCGAGUUUUGUGAAAUUUUAAAUAUGAAUACACAAUCAUCGUGUUUAUGCUUUAUAGCUCUAAAGAAAAAUCUGACUUCAGUUUAAUGCUAUUUUUUUCCUUCUUAUUUGGCAAAUAGAUACUUGUGAGUCUUCUACAGUGUAGGACAUAGUGGCUUAUUAUUUCUGGCUUCAAAGAAGUAUACUAUGCUAAUAUUAGGUAUAUUUUGACCAAUUCAACCAUUCUGAUGAAUAAAACAGGAAAGUUUUCUGAUGAAUAAUAUAUCCUUUUCUGGUCCCAUGUUUCUCUUUAAAAAAAAAAAAAUUCUUACUUUUCUUAACGUUUAUCCCCUGUCUGGUCAAACUAAGGUCAUUUGGACAACCUAUUAUAAAAGUAAAUUUAGAGAAGGAUGUUAUUAGUUUGUAAGUCAGAUUCAAUUACAUGGAAAACUAUUCAAAAAAUAUUCGUUAGGGGUAUUAAAACAUUGAUUCGUUUGCUUAAACUUUUAAGAUGACUAAGCAUCUUAUCCUUUACAUGGUAAUGGAGCUUUAAUAUGUCAUAAUCAAGCAGUGAUGAAUCUUCAUAAUAUAUUCAAAUUUAGACCCAUGGGGAGAGAUGUACGCUUUUGAUUGAGAAGGGGAAUUAGCGUGGACUGAGCAUGAUCUUUAGGUAACCAGAGCUCCAAUCCUGAUGGGUUCAGGUUAUGCAUGGACUGAGGGGGGCAAGGUACCAUUAAUAUCUUCAGAAGCACUGCAUCACCUACAUAUAUUUAUUUUUGUUCUAGCUGUUGUCCACCUGACAUUCUGUGUGCUGACUAUUGUUUUUGGAGGUGCAAGAAUACGUCAGUGGAAGCAUUGGGAGAAUUUAAUUGCUAAAGAAAGCAAUGAAACAAAGCCAGUUACAGAACCAGCAGUCACUCAUGUUCAGCAGCACGCUUUUAUUAAGGGUCGAUUUCUGGGUUUCGGUAAAGAUUCAGUUUUGCUGAGCUGGUUGUAUUCCUUUUUGAAGCAAUUUUAUGGCUCCAUGACAAAGUCAGAUUACGAGACAUUACGGCUUGGUUUUAUCAUGACCCAUUGGAAUGAAAAUCGAAAGUUUGACUUCCACAAAUAUAUGAUGCGUGCACUUGAAGAUGAUUUCAAAAAAGUGGUUGGCAUAAGCUGGUACCUUUGGGUCUUCGUGAUCAUCUUCUUGCUGCUUAAUGUUAAUGGGUGGCAUACAUAUUUCUGGAUUGCCUUCAUUCCUUUCAUUCUUCUACUGGCUGUGGGAACUAAGCUGGAGCAUGUAAUUACUCAAUUAGCUCAUGAAGUAGCUGAGAAGCAUGCAGCCGUAGAAGGUGCUUUAGUUGUCCAACCAUCAGAUGAUCACUUUUGGUUUCAUCGGCCCAAAUUUGUUCUCUUCUUGAUUCAUUUUACCCUUUUCCAAAAUGCUUUUGAGAUAGCAUUCUUUUUUUGGAUAUUGGUUACUUAUGGUUUUGACUCCUGCAUAAUGGGACAAGUCGGUUACAUUGUCCCCAGGCUUGUUAUUGGGGUUUUUAUUCAAGUACUUUGUAGCUACAGCACUCUACCCCUUUAUGCCAUUGUUACACAGAUGGGAACUCAUUACAAGGCGGCAAUAUUUAAUGAACAUGUGCAAGAGGGCCUAGCUGGUUGGGCAGAAAGGGUGAAGAAGAAGAAAGCACUAACAGGUGAAAACCAACGGGAUGGGUCUUCUGCAGGGGUAGUUCAGCUUGGUUCAGUUUUCCGGAAGCCAUCUGCACCACAAAAGAGCCCACCUAACCCCUAAAGCUCAAGGCUGAGGCGCGCAAAUAUAUUGUGUAGAAAGGAAAAGUUUUUGUAUUGCAUGUUCUGUGCAAAUAUAUUGUGUAGAAUGGAGUGGUGAGAUUUGGAGUCCAUUUAGAAGCAAGAGUGCCUGUGCCUGCAUGUUCCAUUGCACCACCUGACAAGGGCUUUAGAGCAUCAACAUGCUCUCCUGAG